CUGACGUUUUGGCGGAGGCGGGGACCAGACUAACAGUUGCUAUGACGCGGACGGGCUUACGGGAACGAUUUAUGGGGGAUCGACAUUGAAUAAUUACAGUCAAAAUGACAGACUCAAAGUACUUUAACACCACCAAAAAAGGUGAAGUAUUUGAACUGAAGACAGAAUUACAAAGUAAUAAAAAGGAGAGGAAAAAGGAGGCUGUCAAAAAAAUUAUUGCAAGCAUGACAGUAGGAAAAGAUGUCAGUGCCCUUUUCCCCGAUGUGUUGAACUGCAUGCAGACUGACAACUUGGAAUUGAAAAAGCUGGUGUAUCUGUACUUAAUGAAUUACGCCAAAAGUCAGCCAGAUAUGGCCAUUAUGGCAGUCAGUACUUUUGUCAGGGAUUGUAAGGAUUCAAAUCCACUGAUUCGAGCCCUGGCUGUGCGGACCAUUGGUUGUAUCCGAGUGGACAAUAUUAUUGACUAUCUAUUGGGAUGUGACCCUUUGAAAAACUGUCUGAAAGACGAGGACCCCUAUGUCAGGAAGACUGCUGCUCUGUGUGUGGCCAAACUACAUAAUAUCAACGCCCAGCUGGUGGAGGACCAGGGAUUUCUGGAUCAACUACGAGACAUGCUGUCUGAUUCCAACCCAAUGGUGGUUGCUAAUGCAGUAGCAGCUAUAUCAGAAAUCCUGGAUUCUUCACCCACAGCUCAGCAGGUGCUUGAAAUGAAUUUCAGCACCAUCAACAAACUGCUGACAGCACUUAAUGAAUGCACAGAAUGGGGACAAGUUUUUAUUCUGGAUGCCAUUGCAAACUACACACCAAAAGAUGAUAAGGAGGCUCAAAGUGUCUGUGAGCGAGUGACACCCAGACUAGCCCAUGCUAAUGCAGCUGUUGUACUGUCAGCUGUCAAGGUCAUCAUGAAGUUUAUGGAGAUGUUAGAGGUCAACUCUGAUUACAUCUCUACCCUAGUCAAAAAACUGUCCCCUCCACUGGUCACUCUGCUGUCUGCUGAACCAGAAAUCCAGUAUGUGGCCCUCAGGAACAUCAACCUGGUUGUCCAGAAACGACAAGAGAUCCUGAAGAACGAGAUGAAGGUUUUCUUUGUUAAGUACAAUGACCCCAUUUAUGUGAAGCUGGAGAAACUGGACAUCAUGAUCAGACUGACCUCCCAGGCCAACAUAGCACAGGUCCUGGCUGAACUCAAGGAGUAUGCUACGGAAGUGGACGUUGACUUUGUAAGGAAGUCGGUGCGAGCCAUUGGUCGUUGUGCCAUCAAGGUGGCGCCUGCUGCUGAGAGGUGUGUCAGCACACUGUUGGACCUUAUACAGACCAAGGUUAACUAUGUUGUACAGGAGGCCAUUGUGGUCAUUAAGGACAUCUUCAGAAAAUAUCCCAACAAGUAUGAAAGCAUAAUUGCCACACUUUGUGAAAAUCUGGACACAUUGGAUGAACCUGAAGCAAAAGCUUCCAUGAUUUGGAUCAUUGGUGAAUAUGCAGAGAGAAUAGACAACGCAGAUGAACUCUUGGAAAGUUUCCUUGAAGGAUUCCAGGAUGAAAAUACUCAGGUGCAACUUCAGCUGCUCACAGCCAUAGUGAAAUUGUUUUUAAAAAGACCAACAGACACACAGGAACUUGUACAACAAGUGUUAAGUCUGGCCACACAGGAUAGUGACAAUCCUGACCUCCGCGAUCGAGGCUACAUCUACUGGAGACUUCUGUCCACUGACCCGGCAGCUGCUAAAGAGGUCGUCCUGGCCGAGAAACUGCUCAUCUAUGAGGAAGAAGAUCUCAUUGAGCCCACAUUACUGGACGAGUUAAUCUGUAAUAUAUCCAGUCUAGCCUCUGUGUAUCAUAAGCCUCCAAAUGCUUUUGUGGAGGGCAGCAAAUCAUCUCUACGGAAAAUCCUGCCACCCAGAUCACAGUCAGGAAAUGUUGGGGAAGAGCAAGUGACCACACAGGAGGCAGAGACCCCGGCAGGACCUCAGGCUACAGUCAUACCGGGUGUGGACUCCCUCAUCGGAGACCUCCUCUACAUGGACCUUGGAGAACCCUCCAUGCAGCAGCAGCAAAUGUAUCCCCCACAGCCCACAUCACAAACUCCUGUACAGGGUGGAGGAGGCAUUGAUCUCUUGAGUGAAGGCUUGGAUUCUCUGCUUGGUGGACCCGCCCCUGCCGGGGAUUCAUUAGGAGAACUGGGUGAUAUAUUUGGUAUGCCAGCUAUACAAUCCUAUGUUCCUCCACAAGAGGUGUGGUUACCUGCCUCCAAAGGUAAAGGCAUGGAAGUGACUGGAACCUUUAACAGAAAGCAGGGAAAUAUAAUAAUGGAGCUGACAUUCGCAAACAAAGCCAUGCAUCCCAUGACAGGAAUUGCUAUACAGUUUAAUAAAAAUAGUUUUGGUCUGACGCCUGCAGCCCCAAUAAACAUUUCCUUAGCAUUACUCCCUAACCAGAGCACUAGUUACUCAUUACAGCUAAACACAUUGGGAGCAGUACAACGUAUGGACCCACUCACAAAUCUACAGGUGGCAAUUAAGAACAACAUUGAUGUGUUUUACUUCAGCUGUCUAGUACCUAUGCAUGUAUUGUUUACGGAAGAUGGAGAAAUGGAAAAACGUGUAUUUUUAGCUACAUGGAAAGACAUUCCAGCCCAAAAUGAAGUCCAAUAUGAGAUUUCUAACAUACAGCAUAAUGCAGACACUAUAUCACAGAAAUUAAAGAACAACAAUGUGUUUACCAUAGCCAAACAAAAUGUUGAAGGACAAGAUAUAUUGUACCAAUCUCUCAAAUUAACAAAUGGAAUCUGGGUAUUAGCAGAAUUAAAGAUACAACCGAAUAACCCCAAUUUUAUGUUAUUGCUAAAGGCCAAAGCAACGGACGUUUACCAAGGAAUACAGCAAGCUAUUGAAACCAUACUUCACAACUAAAGACUGUUGUAAACUUGCUUGUCGAAUGGCAUUAUUUGCAGACCUAUUUUAAUGUGUUGUUGGUGUUGUGAAUCGUACAAAACUCGUUACGUGUAAUCUACCGAGUCACUACAUAUAUUGUAUUGCUGGAAGCAGUGCGCAGUGUUUUAUCAUCAAUGACCAUAAUUCUACACAUACGACUUUUUUAUGUUGUCAUCUGUAGGUACACCUUAAAGGUUAAAUGCAAAUUAUCAACAUGUAUAUCUUAUUUGGUAUUUAUAUGAAAGUUCUAGCUGCUUCAUUAAAAUGUCUUUCAUCAAA